UUUACUCUAUAGUCUAUAGGCUGUUGUAUACUUUUAUGCCGUUUACUUUAUGUUCAUAUUUUAUAAUAUUGUUGGAACUCGGAGUUUGAAAUAUUGAAUAUUUUUUUAAUAUUUAUAUAUCUUUACGCAAUGUCGAAAGUCUCUACAGAAAUUUCAGGCCGAGCAACCACCGACCAAAUGAUUGCUUUGAACGGUUUUUUAAAGGUCGAUCCACAACUACUAAGUGGUAAGUUUAGUAGUACGUUCACCUUUAAGAUUGCUCAAAAACGAUGGGAAAUUAUUGCCGAAUCAUUAAAUGCCAUGCCCGGGGCUGUUAAAAGUUGGAACAAAUGGCGUAAAACAUUUCAAGACAAUCGUACUAAGACAAAAUCAAAACAUUCGAUGAUUCGUGCAGAUAUGAGGAAAACUGGUCUAAACACUCCUUGCUCUAGCCUUUCUGUGGUUGAAAAUGAUACGUUGGAGCUGAUCAACCCAACUAGCAUUUCUGGUCACACAUCGAGCAACGCUUCUAAAGCUUAUUUUGCGUUUGACGAUGACUCUGAUUUAGGGACACAACAACUUGAUGACAAUAUUGUCACAGUUGAUAUGAGUGAAGUUUUGCUACAGGAAGAAAAUUCCAUUCCAUUUGGUACCUCAUCUCCUCUUCCAAAUCCUAACAUCAAUUCCAUUAAUGAUCCAAUCAAAAGUAUGUUCAAAAUCAAUUUUCCUGUAAGAGCUGUUGUUAGCUUAACCAUUCAAUUUUCCUUAAAUUUCCUUUAACAGUUUCUUUUCUUAUAUUUCAAAUAUUUCACCAUAAGUAUUGCUUUAUACAUUUUAAUACUACAAGUAAUACAGUCAACUGUAUUAUUCAACUCAGUAGCGCAACCAGAAUUUUUUUAAGGGGGGGGGGUCCAUACUUAUUUUAUUAUUUUAAAUUAAAUAAAAGAAUAAUUUAUCUUUUAUCGCCCAUUAUAGGUAUGGCUCAAGGUGGGGGGUCUGGACCCGGGGACCACCCCCCUGGUUGCGCCACUGAUUCAACUCAAUAUCAUAUAUCUUGAGUAAUAUUAAUUUUGUAAUUUCUAAAAUACUAUGUCUUUUAUAAAAUAUUUUAUUAUCUUAUAUUAUGAUUUAGUAGAAAUGAAUAUGUUUUUUAUUAUAGAAACUACAACUUUAAAAUCAAAAAGGGCAUCAACAGAAAAAAGACUUGAUGAGAGUAACGAUGCUGCAACACGACUGGCUAAUCUGGGGGAAAAAAAAUUGGCUAUGAAAGCUCAAUACUAUAAAGAAAAAUUGGAAUUAAUGCAAAAAAAAAAAUGACAUUUUAAGCUGCAUAGCAGACGCACUCGUCAAUAAAAAUAUUUAAUUUUUUUUUUUAAUAACCUUAAUAUUCAUUUAAUAAAUUCUUAUAAGACAUACGUACAUA